UGUUGGUGUAUGUCUGAGCCUUUUUCAUAUAAAAAUGAUAAGAUCUUGAAGAAUACAUAUUUUCGUCAAUCACUCUGUUCUUGCGUUCUCACAUCCUCCAUUUCUCACUUUUCUUUAAUCAUGUAUGCUCUUUCAUCCCCUUUUCAUGUUCUUGUUUGAUUCCUUCUUGUCAAUUUAAGGAAAUUGGAUCUGUUUCGAGAUUACGUUCUUUGAUUGCGAUGAAGACGAUGAGGAAUUUAACGAGUCUUGUUGUGAUAUUUGGCGGGAGGGAGGUUUUUGGGGAGAUUUACCUAAUAUUCUUCUGUUGAUCGAGUAAAAGUGGCAAGAGAAUUGAAAGCUAUAUUUGUCCGGAAAUUGAAUGCGGAGGUCGACAUAUACCUAGGUUUUGAUUUGAAGGAGGUUGCGUGUGAAGAUUUCCGUAAUAAUACAUAUCUGUUGCUAUUUCAAGAAAACGAGAUUUGGUUACAAAAAGAUGGAUUCCAAUCGUGAAUCUUCGGAAGAGCCCAGCAUCGUCACCGAUAAGCUCAGUUACGAGAUUUUCUCAAUCCUCGAGUCCAAGUUUUUAUUCGGUUACAACGAUCCCAAGCUUUGGAAACCUAAACAAGUUUCUCCGGAAAUUUCUGUUACGCCGACGCAAUCGGAUGACGGUGGUGUUCUAUCGAUGAAGAAUCAGAGAGGCAAAAUCUGUUUACUCUCUAUUGAUGGUGGAGGAAUGCGUGGUAUUUUAGCAGGUAAAGCGCUGGCGCAAUUUGAAAAGGCGUUGAAAGCGAAAUCCGGCAAUCCGAAUGCGAGAAUCGCCGAUUAUAUCGAUGUUGCCGCUGGCACAGGUGUCGGAGGUGUGUUCACGGCGAUGCUCUUCGGAAGCAAAAGUCAGAGGGUUCCGAUUUUCAAAGCGGAGGAGACGUGGAGGUUUUUGGCGGAGCAAGGGAAGCGAUUGUAUCAUCAGAAAUCUAGUUCCGCCGGCGGUGGCGGUGGCGGUGGAGGUUUGUGGAAAAGGUUGUUUCGCGGCGGAGGAGGGAUAAGCCAUGCCACCACAGCAUUUGAAAACGCCAUGAAGGAAGCGUUCGAGGUCAACGGAAGGAGUUUGACAUUAAAAGACACGUUGAAGCCGGUUUUGAUCCCCUGCUACGACCUCUCCAGCUCAGCUCCGUUUCUCUUCUCUCGAGCCGACGCUUUGGAAACCGACAGCUUCGACUUCCGGCUCUGGGAGGUCUGCCGCGCCACAUCAGCCGAACCGGACUUGUUCGAACCGGUCUCCAUGAAGUCCAUCGAUGGUAAAACCCGAUGCGUUGCGGUGGACGGCGGCUUAGCCAUGAGCAACCCCACCGCCGCCGCGAUCACUCACGUGAUACACAACAAGCAGGAAUUCCCGUUCGUGCGCGGGGUGGAGGACCUCUUGGUACUUUCACUCGGCACGGGUCAGCUUCUAGAAGGAAACUACGAUUACGACCAAGUCAAAGGGUGGAAGGCUAAAGACUGGGCUAGACCCAUGGCUCGAAUCUCCGGUGACAGCUCCGCCGACAUGGUGGACCACGCCGUCGCCAUGGCGUUCGGUCAGAGCCGUUGUAGUAACUACGUUCGUAUCCAGGCGAACAGUUCGAAUAUGGAUGGAUCUAGGGUGAAUGUGGAUUCAGAUGCUAAUGUAAAAGCAUUGAUGGGAAUAGGAGAGGAGAUGUUAAGACAGAAGAACGUGGAAUCGGUGUUGUUUGGAGGAAAGAAGAUCGGAGAAGAGACCAAUUUGGAGAAACUCGAGUGGUUUGCUGGAGAAGUAGUGUUAGAGCAUGAGAGAAGGAGCGGUCGUAUUGCUCCCACCGUUGCAUUUAAACAACCAACCUCCUAAACAAAAUCCAAUAUCCUGUACAAAGGUAUAUGCUUUUGUUAAGAAUGGUAGAAAUUGGUGAUUUCAUGCAUAAAUUGUUGAUGGUCUGGAAUAAAAAUAGAUUCGUGUAUGAGUGUAGCUGAAAAGGAGGCAAGUUGGUUUGGUUUUGUUUGGUUUGGUUUGGAAACCAUUAUGGUGGUGGUGGGAUCAGAAGAAAAGGGUGGUCAUAUUGGUGAAUUCUUUUGUUUUUCUAACUGGAUUUAGAUCUAUAAGAGUAGAUGCAUAAUCUCUA